UUAAAAAAAAUUUGUCAUAUAUAAAAUUAAUAAUUUUCCAAAUGUCGUUAUUAAAACUUUACACGUUUAGUUUUGUAUUAUUUUCUGUGAUGAUUUAUACAAAUUCAAAGACAACUUUAAAAAAAACAGUAAAUCAGUUGGAUAAGAUGUUAAUGUAUUCGGGGUGGAAAAAUUUAAAUGAUUUGAUCUCCAUAACAUAUUAUAAAAAAAUAUACUAUCUUCAAAAAUUGAUUAAAAUACCUACAAAACGUAUUAAAGGUGAUCAAAAAAUAAGAGCUUUGACUAUAUAUCUUGGAUGUACAUAUACUAAAGUUAUGAAUGAUCUAUUAUUAGUUAUUAGCAAAGUCCUGAAAGAGUGUCAAAAAAAUUUGUUUGAAGAAAAUGAUAUUAAAAAGGGAUAUAUUUGCACUGAACAACUUGUAAAUAUAAUAUCCUUAUUUAUUGCUCCACUGGCUACAUUGUUGAAAGAGGCAAUGGAUGCUCUGGAUCUACUACAUGAAACACCUUUGGCAUAUCACAAAAAUACCUACAUAAUAAGUUCUGAAUUAAAAAGAAUUGGAAAUUUUCUUGAAAAUUUAAACGAGCGAACUCUAUCACGUAAUAAUAUAUCUUCAUACUUUUGGACAUUGAAUACUAUAAAAGAAUUUUAUGAAAAAAUAGGGGAAAAAUUAUAUAAUGCCACUGUAUUCCAAUGUGAAUUUGUAACUUUUAAUACGAGUUCUUUAUGGAAGGAAUGGAAAAUAGAAUAUAAUGCCAUUAUUGAUAAAAACAUAAAAUUAGGAUUUUUCAAAUUCUUAAACGGACAAAUUAGGAAUUAUAUUAAGACAAUAAUUAUAGAGAAGUAUUUUCAACUUGGAUUUAAAUAUGAUCCACUCACCGAAGAGACGUUUAUACCAACACCAGACAAAAUAAUUGAAAUAGAAUUGGAUCUUAAAAAAACAGAUGAAGAGCCUCCUAUACCAAUACAAAUAGAAAAUCAUUAAAAGUUCUAAUUAAGUAAAAUUUGUUCUAAAUUAAUGCGAUACAAUUAAUCACAAUAUACAUAAUGAUUUUGUAACUCUUUAAAUAAUUAUUAAAAUAUAAAAUUCGAUUCUAUUUUUAGUAAAAAAAAAAACAAAAAUAAUGAUAUAAUUAUUAGAUAAUCUAAAAUAUAAUCUGGACACUGGAAAUAAUAAAAUUACAUUGUUGACAUUUUUAUAAACGACUCAAGAUUACUUGUUAUAUUUAUAAUAUAUAAUAUAAAACGGUUUAUCUUAGGUUAAAAAUAUUUUUUUUCUAUCAUAAUAAAUAAAUUUCCACUAAUUUUUAUCCACAUAAUUAGAUUAUCUAAUAAUUAAACUAGUGGAUUAUGUAAGCUGCAAUUUGAAAAAUUAAAGUUGGAUUUUAGUAUAAUAUAAGGGAUGAACAUAAAUAUACUUCACGAUUAAUAAUUUGAGAAAAAUAUGUUCUAAAGAAUCAAAAUAAUAAAAAAUGUUAAUAUUAUUUUUAUUUUAUUGAAUAA